CGGGAUUCAUAAAGAUUCUAAGAAAAUUCUUAGAUCUCAUACUUAAGUAGUAAAAAAAUUCUUAGCUAAGAAAAAUACUUAAGUAUUAAUUCAUAAAAAUGUUAAGCAUAAUUCUUAACUAAGUUUCAAUCUUAGAAAAAUGAAACACUUAAGUAGAAAUUCUAUGGCAACGCGAACGAUUUCCCGGAAUUUUUACCGCACUCUCCAGCAAAAGAGGUAAAAAGUUGAGGAUAGUGAUGUCAACAACAACAUCAUGGAAUCCAAGCAGACGAAAAGAAAGCCUAAUUGGAAUGCUGAUGAAACGCUUGCCUUGGCUUCGUUAGUAGAAGAGAACAAGCAUAUCCUGAGGGGGAAAUUAGGGCCCACUUUAACCUCCGAGAUGAAGCACCGCACUUGGCAAAGUAUUGCCGAAAGACUAGCCGCGAUGGGGGUGGGUCCAGCUAGGACAGCGGUGGAAGUGGAGAAGAAGUGGCACAACGUCUUCUCCAAAUCUAAAUCUGAAAUCUCAGAUCACAGAAGAGUUGUGACUGGGACAGGCGGGGGCCCACCACCAAAACCUCUCAGCGCAGUUGCCACAACAGUGUGUGGUGUGGUAGGAGAGGAUAAUGCUUGCCUCAGUGGGAUUGAUGGUGGGAUUGACUCCUCUCUCUUGCAGAUAUUAAACAUUGGAGAAGGGAGUCAACCAGUGGGAAUCAAUGUCUUUGAGGGACCUCCUGGUAUGGAUCCCCUCAUUCUCAACUCUAGCCCUCUAGUCGCCGCACCUGUACAAGAGCCUUCACUACCAUUAACAUCCAUGACUACAAGUUUGCAGGCCUCUGAAAAUAGAAGCAGUCAGCCUGCUUUGAAAAGGAGAAUCGAGGAGCUGAUUUGCAGGAAGUUGGAACUGGAAGUCCAGUAUAUGGAAUUAAAGAUAAAAAAACUAAAGCAAGAGGAAUGAAUUUUAUUAGCUCACCUGAGCCGAAGGCUCAAGUGAGCUUUUCUGAUCAAAAUUUGUCCGUUGUAUGUCGCCGUCGUAAACUUUUCACAUUUUCAUCUUCCUCUCAAGAACCACUGGGCCAAUUUCAACCAAACUUGCCACAAAGUAUCCUUAGGUGAAGGGCUUUCAGGUUUGUUCAAAUGAAGGGCCAUGUCCCUUUCAAAGGGGAGAAAAUCACAAAAAUGCAAAAAUAGAGUGGGGUCAUUUAAAAAUCUUCUUCUCAAGAACCAUUGGGUCAGAAAAGCUGAAAUUUUCAUGAAAGCUUCCUGACAUAGUGCAGAUUUAAGUUUGUUCAAAUCAUGGCCCCCAGGGAUUGGAUGGGGCCACAAUAAGGGAUCAAAGUUUUACAUACUAAUAUGUAGGAUAAAUCUUUAAAAAUCUUCUCAAGAACCACUGAACUAGAAAAGCUGAGAUUUACAUGAAAGCUUCCUGACAUAAUGCGAUGUGGCCCCUGGGCCUCUUGUUGAUAUUUAAAAGCAUUUUAAUUGAUGUACUAUAUGUACAUGUUCUUAUCUCAUCUGAGUGAAAGGUUCAAGUGACCUUUUAAAUCUGAUCAAACUCUGUCCAUUGUCUGUUGGCACACAGUUGGGCCACAUGAAUAGAUCAUUUUUUUUAUACAUGGGAAAUAUUUUGUAAAUCUUUUCAAGAACAACAAGGCCAUGGUUAGUAAUAUUAACAAGCAAGCAAUCUAUUGUAGUGCAGAAUCAUAUAACAGCUGUAGGACCAUCAAGGAACCUGGGUUUAAGGGUGGGCUAGAAUCUAUGAUAAAAUUUUACAUAGAACAUGGAUAUAUUAUAAACAAAGAAUUUUUUUUUUAAAUCCUCUCCAUCAAGAUCAUUAAAUUCAGUUGUCACCCUCUGGGGCUAUAGGUAUAAACUCUAAUUUACCAUACCAUUUGUAAUACCAUUGAAUAUUAACUACAUGUUUUCUUUCUUUCACAUUAAAUAGACAUGUAAAUAUGAUGCCGUAACUGAUAAAACAUUUAGAUUUCAUACUAUUAUUGUAUAUGAUAUCUGAAAGACAUAGAAAUUCAGUAUACUUUACCAGACAUUGUUGUGUUUGUCAUAAUAGAUAUUAAUAAUUAAUAAGUUAAGUUUUUUAUGUUUCAUAUUUCAACAUUAAUAAGUAGAUACUCAAUAGAUGAAAUUAAUGAUAUGUGUGUUAAAAUUUUCACUUUCCAUAUAAAGUAGUUGUUGGCUUUUAACUUUUCACAUUUUCAUUUUCCUUACUAGAAUGACUAGGCCAAUUUCAACCAAACUUGGCACAAUACAUCCUUGGGCAUUUUCCCCCUCAAGAACCCCAUAGCUAAAUUGCAUGGUCAAAAUGUAAUACAUUUGUAAGACAGUGUGGUGUUUUCCUAAGUAGAUAUAUUAUUUCAUUGCUAUAUGAAACAUAUUAUUUAAAAAAGCUGUAAUUUAAGUAGCUCAUAAAGAUUAUCACAUGCCUUUAUUUUUAACCUGCUUUAAUUUAUGUAUAAUUUGAUAACAUGUACAUAUCUCUAAGUUAUUCAUAGAUUAUAGAAUCAUUAUGGUCAUUAAUCUCAUCUAUGUACAUGUAUAUAAUGUAUUUGCUGAAUAUUCAGAUGGUAUGCAUUUUGUAUGAUAGUGGAUGACUAAGAGUAAUGAAAAUUUACAUCAGUUUGAAUGUACAUUUAAAAUAUGAAUUAUCAUGAUAAAUUAAAACUUAGUAGUUUAAAAAUUUAUUUGUGGAUUUUGGAGUGUUCAAUUAGUAUUCAACUACAAUGUAUUUUCUUUUUUUUUUUUAUAAUUUCCUUGUGUGGAUAAGUGGUCAAUAUAUGGUAAUAUAUGAUUAUUUGUAUAUAGAUUAAUAUUUAUUAAAGGUUCUGUGUCACACAUAGGUACGCUUUGCAUUGCAUUGAUUUGAUAUUUGUUAUUAUUUUAUGUUUUUUGCAUUCUGUUAAGUUUUUGAAUAUUCAUAUGAAGUUUAUUCAGUCUAUGAUUUUUAAAGUAAUAGUCGAGUAAGAUAAAUCUAUUUAUCAAUAGCCGUGUUUCGAGUUACUCCGGAACACCCGGGAUUUUUCGUAUUUAGCCACGCCGGUCACGUGAUAUGAGCAAAAUGUUCCACAGGGGUACUUCCGGUUAAUUUUGUUUACACUGGUAACAAAAUUGUUUUUGAUAAAAUAUAGAUUUUGCGGCACAAACUUUCGCAAAUCAGAUAAAGGAUAGCAAGGGAUAUAUAUUUACUUGGGAAGAUGUCAAAGUUUACCUUUUCCCAAACCCGGGAAAAGCGUUCACGCAGAGGAAACGAUGGCGUCAUUUGUGUAGAAAACCACGAGCAGCCGAAAUUGAGUGCGAUUAUUACAUUCCGUGAAAGCUGAACCAACAAAGAAACAUCAUUGUUCUAGCCAGUUUGCUUAUAUUAACUUUUAGGAAAACCAAGAGGUUGAUAACAAUGGCUGAUCUGCAUAUAAUGACUGCUAGUUAUUGGCUGGUAUGCAGUGAAAGGGAGCUAAAAAGGAGUAAAAAGUUCAUAUCAGCCAGGUGAGAAUUAAUUUCUUCUUUUUUGUGUGUUAUACAUAUGUAAUUCUUUUCUUUUGCUGCUUCAAAUCUUGUGUAUUUGAAAAUUUUCAGUCUAAUAUUUGGCAAUGUUAUAGGUAGUGUGGUUUAAAUAAACCAGUGUUAAGGAAUAUCCAGUAAUGGCAUGACAUCAUGAGAGUUUGGCAUACCGACAUUCAGAUGAUUAAUGAUGAAACUGAAGACCUCAAGUGAAAGGCAUGGAAAAUUAUCCUGUUCCCAUUAACCUGGAAAAGAGGAGGGAUGCCACAAUAUUGAUAAUAGACUUUUGUCAAUUUGAGAAGCAAAGAUGUAUAAAAAAAAAAAAAAAAAAAAAAAAAAAUAAAUAAUGCUGAAAUUAUAAUUCAUGUAUUUGUUAAAAAUACUGUUCACUGUACAUACAUGUAUAUUUUUUUAAAUUAUUUGGAAAUACAUGAAGUAAUUCAUAUUAAAACUGAAUGUAUGAGUUUUCAUGAUUUUUAUCAAUAAAGCUUACCAUAUUUAUUGUACAAAUAUCUGAUUUCCCCUAUACAUUGUAGUCAUAUGAGAGCUUGCUUGCAUUCAGAGAUAUGACAUCAUGUAUAAAGCCGAGUUAAACAACUUCAAAAUCUACCCAACAUGUUUUAAAUGAACACAAAAGAUUCUUCCUAAUUUCUUCUCUCUUUUUUUCAAUUUUGUUCAUAAAUUUAUAUUUAAGUCAAUUCACCUUUUUCAAACUUUUGAUGCAUAUGACGGAUUUCCUCUGUAUUGCUAUAUCUAUCAGGUCCAGCACAAUCUCUAUAUUUAACUAUAUAGUUUUAUAAAGCUAUUUCAAACAGCUUCAUUAAGCUAGUUUCGAUUAAAUUUCUUAAGUGCAAUGACACAUAACAAUAUACAUGUACUUUGAACUAACCACAACACUAUUCUAUGUAUAGAUCAUAUGUCAUUUUAAGAAUUUUCAUGAAAAGAGAAUUUCUUUUGUAUUGAUAACUGUCCACUGCCUUAUGUGUGUCGAAGCUUUGAUAAGUAUAUGAUGACUUUACAAUGUGGAAUCUGUAACAACUUAAUAAUCCUAAACAUUUGACAAUUUUGAAUCAAAAUUCUUCCUAAGGUACAUAGUUUAAGAAGCUUUUUUUGUUUACAGUGUGUUGUUUCAAGUACAAGGAUGAAAUAUUUUCACUUAGAAAUUAAAUUUUUAUGCUUUAAAAAUAUAUUUGAUAGAAGAUUUGAAAUAGUUAUAUCAAGCAAUUUCAAUUAGCUUUAAAAAGCUAUAUAGCUUGAUUAGCAUAUUUAUAUAGCUAAUUAUACUAGAGAUUGUGCUGGACCAGUCUAUGAGCACAUAAUUGAAAUUAUGUUGCUGAAAGGAAUUAUAAUAUUACCUUAAUCAUGAUCAGAUAUAUAUUUUGUUCAGUGAUAUAAAUAUGAGCAGUAAUCACAAAUACCUACUGGAUUGUGAAAAGUCAAUAAAAUGACUACAACAAUAAAUAGUCAUGCUAAA